AUGAUACACGCACCUACUCGAUAUGCUCGCGUCGUCCGAGCCCUCAUCCCUUUUGCUGCCGUCUGUGGGCUACUUUACCUCUUCUUGAUAACCUUCAUACCACAACACUUUGGACCAGGGUGGAAUGGCCAGGACAACAGUCUUGCAGGAGAACCUCUCGAGGUCGUCUACACCGACAGUGCCGAGUCGUCCUAUUCACUGGACGGACUGCAGAAACAGGAGCAGACACUGAGGGAUAACCACUUGCAGCAGAAACAACAACAGGUGCCGUAUCCAGAUAUGCGGAACCCGCUGCAGCUUGGUGAGGGUGGAGUCGGUGCGUCUUGGGAGUCGAUAGACUCUGAACAGGAUAUCAACUCUAUCGAGGGCGACGGCAAUGGCGUGGUUGUUGACAUGGGUUCCUCUUCAGGGACAAGGACGAAGGCCGACCAGCCUGCGUACAAAGUCGUCAAGGCGAAUGGCGUACUGGUGAUGGUCAUUACAUCCGACGAGGAGGUCCAGGAGGCUCGGGAGACGAUUCGCCAUAUCGAGGAUCGAUUCAACAGGGGGCGACACUACCCAUGGGUGAUUCUCUCGCCACAACCACUCUCAAAUCGCACCCAGAUUCUCCUCCAAUAUAUCCCUUCUGCCUCUCGGUUAACAACAACGAACCAUGGCAGCUCUGAAGAAGACGUGGGGGAGGGUGAGGAGGGUGAGGAGGGUGGAGGCAAUGCUGCUGCCGCGAUUACGUUUGGACUCAUUCCACGAGAACAGUGGAAGUUCCCUCGCUGGAUAGAGGCUCUCAAGGUCCGGAACGGAGACUUUUCACGGCUCAAGUUGGGUCUGAAUGCAACCUCGGUGGCGGUUCGACAGCGUAGGCGGUACAUGAGUGGGUUUUUGGCUCAGCAUGAACUGUUGGACGGAUAUGAGUUUUUUUGGAGGGUCGAUCCUGGAUUGACCGUGUUUUGUGAUCUGGACGACGAUCCUAUGCUGGCAAUGAAGCACGCUGGGCAAAAGUUUGCAUGGUCGGUGUCAGCGGCAGUGAACGAGGCAGGCACUCCAGGAGCAUGGUCGAUAAUCCAAAAAUUCAAGGAAACAUACCCCGACCACAUCCCCCAACCCAACGACGAAUCCUUCAUCACCCGAGAAUCACUGAAUGAAUUCUCGGCAUGUUCAUACAACGUCCAGAACUCAAUUGGAAGCAUCGAGUUUUUCCGGUCUCCAGAAUACACGGACUACUUCAACAUGAUUGACAAGGAGGGGCCCAUCUACUACGAGCGCUGGGAGGACGAUACAGUUAUCACCAUCGGACUCUCACUCCUCCUCCCCCGAUCCGAUAUCCGGUUUCUGAAGGACUUAGGUUGGGGUUACAGCAACGGGGGCGCAAGUUCAGGAACAGGGAUCGGGGUCGUACCGCUAAAGGGAGCCGCAGCGGCAGCAGCAGCAGCAGUGGCGGCAUCGUCGAAAGAGUCCGCGACCUCCCAGAUCUUGUACUGCCCUCGCAACCCGGAGCAAAACAAGGUCUGUCACUGUGAUCGUAACUGGAAGGCGCCACGGUCGCAUCUGAGUUGCACGUCGUUUUGGAUGGGAUUGACGACGAGUCCUAGGAGACUCCAGAGGAGGGUCUGUACGCCGGAUGGGAGCUGUAAGGUGUUUGUCAAUAUUUUAGAGCCAAAGUUGUUGAAGAGUGAGGCUGAUGGCGAGGAAACUAUUGUUCGUGCGGACAUUGUCGUCUCUGCAGGUGGUCGAGGCGAAGAGUAUUAUUAA